UAUCCCCUUACACUGUGUAUAAGACAGUAGUUUAGGAAUUGUUAGUUAGAUUACUUGUUGGUUAUUACUGCAUUGUCGGAACUAGAAGCACAAGCAUUUCGCUACACUCGCAUUAACAUCUGCUAACCAUGUGUAUGUGACAAAUAAAAUUUGAUUUGAUUUGAUUUGACUGCUCAGAUGUAAUCCACCCUCUCAAUCUAGCAGUGGUGUAAAGUAAGAGUAUAAGUUUACUUAGUUACAGUUCCAUUUAAAAUUAUUUGUUCAGUCAUAUUAAUCAUAAUUUCCCAACAAUCCACCCUCAAAAUGACUUAACUCAUACCAUCAUUAAACACUACAUGGAAAUAUCAAUGAUAUACUAAAAGAAGACAACCAAUACAUGUAUGUACAUAAUCAACUUCAAUGACUGUUCUAUCCUACAUCAGAAUUUACUCCAUAAAUUUUCCCUGACACCCAAAAGUACUCGUUACAUUUACAAUGCUUAGCAGGACAGGAAAAUGGUCCAAUUCACUCACUUAUCAAGAGAACAUCCUUGGUCAGUCCUACUGCCUAUGAUCUGGUGGACUCACAAACACAAAUGUUUCGUUUCUAAAUUAUGUCUUAGUGUUGUGUGCCUCUGGAAAUCCAUAAAUUGAAAACACAACAAAAUGCUGCCGUCUGGUUUGCUUAAUAUAAGGAAUUAAAUGAUUUACACUUUUACUUGUACUUUUGAUACUUAAGGAUAUUUGAGCAAUUGCAUGUACUUUUCAUACUUAGGUAUAUUUAAAACCAACUACUUUUAGACUUUUACUCAAGUAGUAUUUUACUGGGUGACUCAUUUGAACUUGUUACUCAGAAAGUAUUCAUGUUAUCAAGAGUCUUCAAACAGAUUAGCAGAUAGAAUGGGCGGCCCUUGCUGAGAAGGAAAAAAGUACCCUCACUUCCUGUUUCAACACCUAUUUCAACACUGUUAUUUCAAAAACAGAGUUAAGAACAGCUCAAACUUCAUACAGACCGCUCUGCUAGGAAGUGGAAACCAGAGCACUGAGUUGCUGGUUUGUCGUGGUUUCUGUCUCUUUUCAGUUCACACACACAGACACACACAGCUGCGUAUGUCUUAAAAGGAGCAGAGAUACAGUACAGCACCAUGAACAACACCAACGAUACCUUAGAGGACAGCGCUCCGGAGCUGAGUUGUGUGAGUGCAGUGUAUACAGUCUCUGCCACGGUGUACGGCUGUGUGAUGGUGCUGGGCCUGCCGCUCAACGCUGUGUCACUGUGGAUUCUGCUACGCCGCCACGGCCUCAAAUCCUCCAGCGCAGUCUUCAUGAGCCAUCUGGCUCUGUCAGACCUGCUGCUGGUGCUCUCCCUGCCCACCCGGGUCUACUUCUACACCACAGGCACCUGGCCCCUGGGCAUCCAGGCCUGCACGGCCACCACCAUGCUGUUCCGCAACAACAUCCGCUCCAGCGCCGUCUUCAUCACAUUCAUUGGCCUGGACAGGUUGCUGGCUGUGGUCUACCCUCUAAGAACCCGCCACAUCCGCACCACCACCAAUGCCUGGAAGGCCUGUGUCUUCAUCUGGGUCCUGAUUGUUGCAGUCAACAUCCCAGAGGCCCUCUACUUCAUCAGUCAGAUGAAGAGCUGUAAUGCCACUGACAAAUGCUUUGAGUUUCCUCAAGAAUGUGCCUUGAAUGUGCAGAUAGCUGGUUACUUGCAGUUUGGGCUGGUGUUCGCCAUGCUGGGGGUCAACGUGGUCUCCACCACCAUGGUGUCCUGGACGCUACACAGGCACCUCAGCGAUGCUGCCAUGGUCAACAAUAAGAUGAAUGUCAUGCUGAUCUUCACCAUCAACCUUCUGAUGUUUAUUGUCUUCUUCCUGCCCUCCUCCAUCGUGCUGAUGCUCAAAAUCAAGCAGGCUAUCAUGCCCAUGGUCUGUCUGGCCAGCAUCAACUGUUGUCUAGAUCCACUGUUGUACUACUUCUCUUUAGAUGCUUUCUGGAAGACGAAAGAGCGUUCUGACAUAGAGGUUUCACUGGCCAGAUCACAUGAAAGUAGAUUAGGGAGGACACAGUGAGAAACGACUACCGGUGAAGAUAGUUUGAAGUAACUGCGUCAACAUGUGUUCCUAAAUAGUCCACAAUUUAUAAAUGUUCAAUUCUAUUUUACCAAACGGCAUUUGUUUUCUUGUUUUGUAACAGUUCAUCUCUUCUUCUGUAAGUUGAAUUGCACCCAUCUGUACUUUUAAGAUGUGCUCAUAUAAUAGUUUUAUUUAAUAAACACUUUACAACCGUA